UAAAUUUGCUAUUUGUUAAAAAUACACCUCGUACAAUAUUUUGGUAUCAGAGCAUGUAACUGCUUCACAACAUAUCAAAUUGUAACACGCUUAUUGCAUGUUUAGUACGCAGUAUAGUCUCAUUUUAUUUCCUGGUGGUCUUUGCAACAUUUCAAGAUUGACAACCAAGUUUAAGAGUUGAUUUCAUCAAAAUCAUCGCUUCCUCACCUUGAUUAACAACAAAAGAAUCAGCAUAAAUGGAUGAAAAAUCCAAGGAAAUGCUCAAGUGUGACAUUCUUAUGCUGUUUGUGAUAUUUCCUCUGCUAGUUCUUCUCUCACUUGAACAGAAAACAAAAAUCUGGAUGCAAAUUGAUUCUUCCGAUUAUGCCGCCACAAAGAUCAUUUUUUCUUGUUUUCAUCGACUUUCCUGUCUGUAUAAAAGCUGCUUGUAACGAUAAAAGACGAGACAUAAUAAAUCCAAAAGAUGAAAAAGGUUAUAAAUACACACGAAAGUGGAUUAUGUUCCUAGAAGGCCAAACAUAUAUAAGCAGAAAGUGCUCAAAGGGAAAAUUGGAGAAGGAAACAAGCAAACAGCAUAAAUGGAGCAAUUAAAUAUGGCAUUGACUAUGAUAAAGAGUGAUGAGAACACUAGAAGGCGUAAUGUACGCAUUAUGGACAGUGAUCUAUCACCUUCACCGAGAUGUAUUAAGAGUAGAAGACGUGACACAGCUGCUGUUGCACUUAGAUGUGAAGGUCAACAGAUCAAACAAGAAGUCGGCCCAACUGCUCCAACAACAGUGAAAAGAAGUUCAAGAUUCCGAGGUGUAAGCAGGCAUAAAUUGACGGGUCGAUAUGAAGCACACUUGUGGGAUAAACUCUCAUGGAAUGCAACUCAGAAGAAAAAGGGAAAGCAAGGUAACUUAACUCAUUCGCCACUAUUUUCAGCUAGAUUUCUACCCAAUGGUGGUGCCUGACAUGAAAUCUUCUGUUUUCUUCCACUGAAUGUACUC